AACAAAAACUGAAUCAGAAGGUGAAACUAUUAUGCUGAGGUUUUUGACGCGCUGCAAAAGCAUUCUUUACACUUCCAGAAAAAGCUAAGCGAGACACGGAGGACUUUCACUGCAUACAGUGCUGUUCUUAGUAAUUUAAGAAAAGAUGUGUCCUACCGGUGCCUCGGAGAUGAACGGCACAGAGACUGACUGCAUAGAGUUCCGGAUCUUGAUGGCCUAUGCGCAGCGCAGGAGGCCUGAGCUCAAAGCACAGCGCAGCCCUGAGAAGGAGAGACCCAGCCCUGCAGCUCGGGAACACAAGGCCAGUGAGACGAGCAAGACGAAGAAGAGGCGUGGCUGGAAGAAGCUGAUUCCGAAGUGUGUGCGUCCUCAGGAAGAAGAGCUCUCGGAGCAGCCACCUACAAGGGACCAAGCUAAAGAAAAGGAUGUCGAGGAAAUAGCAGAGAAACUACAGGAGAUUGUGGAUUCAAAUCAGAACCUGCCAGGGCUGUUCCGCCGGUCAGACAGCAUUGAACCCGAUGGCAUUGAUGAUGAAGAGCAAUACACUAUUCAGAGGCUGGUGGAGCUGUUAAAAGAAUCCGGAGACGAGCUGAACCAAGAGAUAAAGACCGACAAGUACCUUUCCAAAUGCUUCAAAGAGGCGUACAGUUACUCAUUCUUCAAGAAGGUGACGGACAUGUUCCUGGAGAGAGUCUGUUCCUCUGCAGCGCAGGAACCGGACAGGAUUGCUUUCACUGCCGACAUCACCGCCAAGCUCACCACCGUCGAUAAUCACCCCAUGAACCAGAGCAUGGGCUUCGGAGUCAAGUACCUGAGAGAGCACUUCAGCAUCUGGGCUGAGAGUCACGGGGGCUGGCAAAAGGCACUGAACAAUGCUGAAGAGGAGGAAGUAGAAUAGUGGCUGCUAGAACAAAAUGCUGCCAAAGUCUGUCUGGAUUUUACACGUGUCUAAUUGCUUUGAGCCAGUUCUUUAGAAGAGAACCAUUUAAAAUGCCAAAAUGAGCUGCUGUAAACCACUAAUUUCAACUUGCAUCUCUGUCCCUAACUGAAGGGCCAAUGUAUAAAAUGUAAUUGAAAGACUACCGAGUGACACAUCCAGUAAAGGCACUCUACACUUGGCUGAGCGCCACCCAAGGGGAGGGAGGGCUGGGUCGGCCACAGUGUCCUUGGCUCGCCGUGCACCAGUGACCCCUGUGGUCUGGCAGGGUGCCUGCAGGCUUGCCUUUUAAGCUGCCCAGGGCUGCAUUGUCCUCUGACGCUGUAGCUCUGGGUGGCUGCAUGGUGAGUCUGGAGUGUGUAAAGAAGUGGAAGGCUGAUGGCCCAUACUUCGGAGGACAUAGUUUGAUCGUUUUCACCCCUCCCGAGUCAGCGCAGGGGUGGUAGCGGUGGGCUGAGUCUAAAAAUAAUUGGACAUUACUAAAUUGGGGAGAAAACAAUAAAAAUAAUUAGCGACCACUAAAAAAAAAAAAAAAGUAAUGGAGACAUGGGUGGGAAGCCAGUAGAAGUGCCUGCUAGCUGAAGCACACGCUUCAUGGUUAAGGGUCUCUCUCUCUUUGUCUCUCUCAUAUGGCUGUUACAUUUGUCAUGGUAGAGACUCUCCUCUUCUGGAUAAUAUAUAAGCUGCGUCUCCCUGUUGCAAGCCUGUUUUACAUUCUGUUGGACAAGACACAUAAGAUGUAAUAAAGUUUGAUGAAGGGUUUAUUCCUGGUGCUCAGGUGGCAGGUGCGUCAGUGUCCCAGAGGAACAGUCUUGACCGGUUACUCUGAAGGAGAGAUUGCCCUAAAUGCAGCUUCCCAGAAGGGAUUCAAGGCGUUCCAGAACUAUUUAAACACCUUGCAGACAGGAUGCUCGUAGGGCCCCCCACUCUGCACCUACAUGUGCUUCUGCUACUGCUAUUGUCUCCGUAGCUUCCUAGUUAUCGCAUUGUAUCAGUUGCCUACAAAGUAUCAGCCAAUCACAGUUAUAGAUAUUAUCCAAUGUGUAGAACAGGACAGCACAAAUACAUGUUUUGUUUAAUAGCAAAUCCUAUUUUUUUUGUGAUAUUUUAUAAUGGUUUGUAUAAAGGUGUUCUCUUUGGGGAAUAUCGACCCUAAUAUUGAUGUUUGUAUCAGAUGGAAAUGACAUCAUGUGGCGAUUUGCUAUACUAUUUGUGUGUGUGUGUGUGUGUGUGUGUGUGU